UAUUAAAGCAGUGCAAUGUUAAAAGGGCAUUGGCCAGGGAUUUUUCUCAAAGGUUUAAGAUCUAAUCCUAAUUCCUGGGACCCUAUCAGUAUUGCCUCUGCUGUCCACUAUGUUCAGAGUAGUGCAAUAUUGCUAAUAGGGUUUCAGGUUUUAGGCUGUACCCUUAUCCUCCAGUUCCAGAAAGCGGAGGCUGAUAUAGAAUACGUGGAAAAGCGGCUGAAAUUUGACUUUGUGAGCAAUGCUCGAGAGGCUGGCUCAUUUGAGGGAAACCCAGUUCAGUUGCUGGAGAACCUGUCGGCUAUCAAAGCACGUCAUGCAGCCCUGUGUGCGCAGGUGGAGGAGAUUGCCGCAGAACAGAAACGAUCCAUGGACUCCAUACGAGCUCACCUGGACACUACGGUGCAGCUGGUUCAACACUUACAGACCACAGCAGAUAUAGAGGUUCCACCACUGACAAAAGAAGAAGAAGAAGCGAAGGAGGCUCUCUGCUCUUCCAUAGCUGCAUUAAGUGUAGAGGCCGUACCCACAUCAGAAUCUCAAAUUCAAGCGCAGUCCGAGUCACAAAGUACACAUGAGGAGGUAACUGAGGGCACUUUUGAGACGGUCCCUCGAAGUGUACGCGGUAACCUGAAGCUGAAUGACCUCAACACACUCUAUAAGCAAUUAACAGAGUACUUCUCAGAUAAAAACAGAGGACCGAUAAGCACUCAAAGGAUGAAGAAACUGAAUAUGAAAGUCAGUGAUUCUGGUUUGAAAACCUUACAGCACCUCAAGCUGAUCGAACUGGACAGGAAAGGACUUGUUUCAUUGCUUUCAAGAGACUGAGAUGUCUAUGUAUGUCUAUUUUAAAAUUGGACAAGAAUGACUGAAUCAAGAUGAUGUAUUUCAAAACAUUUCUUUUGUUAAACUUAUGAGAAAAAGGGCAGAAACACUUAGUUUUAACUGAUUGUUUGUUCUAUUUCUUUUGCAUAACAUUACUCUGCUGUAACUGCAAUUAUGGACCUGAUGUAGAAUCUUUAGAUUUAUUUCAUUAAUAAGAUUUGUCUUGUCCUGUUUUUGUAAAGUAAAACAGCUGUUUUUAAAUUUUAGAAAAGACAAAUCACAUCCGACAAGAAAUACAUUUGACUGUAUAUAUUGUAAUAUUUUGGAAAUUGUUGUUGUAAGUUUGAGUAUGCAAUAAAAUGUAUUUGUUUUGUA